AUGCCCCCAAGGUUCCUGUACGGCGCCCAAGGACAGGCUGUGGGGAGCGCGGAGUCCCAACGGCGAGUGGACGGGGAUGGUGAGAGAGGUCAUGGCGGUCGAGCUGACCUCAUCGGGGGCCUCAUCAUCCUGUCCAGCCGGGCCGAGGUCAUUGACUAUAGCAUAGCCAUACAGCAGACAUGGAACAUGAUCGUCGUGCGGAAACCCUCCUCCAAAGACAUGACCUGGACUUCUUACACCAAGGAGUUCACACCGUGGGCGUGGGCGGGCGUGGGCGUUUUGACGGCCCUCGCGCCCUGCAUUCUUCUACUUGGCGAGAAGCAGCCCGAAGGAGGUCCAGCAGGUCGCUCUCGGGGACUCCUUCCUGCUCAUGAUGGGAUGAUGACUCAGCAAGGUUCGGAAAUGAGGGUGUCAAGUACGAGCUGCAGGAUUAUCUUCUUCGCGAUGUUCGUCUCGGCACAGCUGAUAGUGAUGCAUUAUUCCAGCUUCCUCAUCUCCAUGCUCUCGGUCUCUAACAACAUCCUGCCCUUUAAGAAUCUGGAGGAGCUGCAUAGGACAGGAGACUACCAGUUGGGUAUUUGGAAAGGCUCCUUCACUGAGGACACCUUCAGGCAAGGGAAUGUUUAA